CUGAAGAGAGGCCUAACGACGUUUCCUUAUUUAUGCGGAUGUUAUACGCAAACUAAUCUUCGCCCAGAUCAGUGAAUAUGGGUAUAAGCUGACGUAAAAAAGAGUGUAGUGUUAGCGUCUAUUUGCUCAGGCUGACGAGCUCCUGUAUGAGCCUACGCUGCAGGCAUAUUUUUCCAUUCAAAAGCCAGGGGAUACGUAACCGAUACGUCUCCGUCCGCCUCAUCCCAAGUCCAUCAAGGCUCUGGCGUGCGAUUUAAACAUAUGCGCAUCUAGCUAUAGCUUCUGCGACUAGCAGGCUUUUUUGUCCAGUGAGCUGUCACGUAGUUCUCAGCUGCUGUGUCAGGAUGGAGCAAGUAAUACUGAGCUAUGGAGAUUCCCUUUUACGCUUAUCAGAUGUAGUUCUUCUUGAUCCACCUAACUGGCUGAAUGACAAUGUUAUUGGUUUCACCUUUGAGUACUUGGCUUCUUCAUUGGCACCACAUCUAUCCGGACGUGUUUGUUUUAUCAGUCCUGAAGUAAGCCAAUUCAUCAAAUGCUGCGGAAGAGAGGCACCCACUUUCCUUGAACCACUAGCCUUACCAGACAAAGACCUUAUCCUCUUGCCUGUAAAUGAUAAUGCCGGACCGGAGGCUGGGGGCACACACUGGAGCCUUCUUGCUUAUGUCCGGCAGCUACAUGGCUUCUUUCAUUAUGACUCUUCACCUGGAACCAAUUUUCGUCAUGCUCAACUUAUGGCUAGGCAUUUAAGUCCCCUUCUAGGAAGUAAUCUAAGUUACAAAGAAGAGGAAGCCCCUGCCCAGCACAACAGCUAUGAUUGUGGCAUGUAUGUGGUUUGUAUAGCAGAAGCUAUGUGUGCACAACAUUUGCAUGGCUGUGACAGUUUGAAGGAUAUUACACCCCAGUAUGUUACCAGAAAAAGGAUGGAGUGGAAAGAUAUCAUUAGAGGGCUGAGUUCUCUAACAGUUCCAAAUAUAACUCAAGUGGGAAAGGCAUAACUAAUAUUGUGUGUGAUGUCAUCAGAAUCAGUCUUAUCACCCUAAAGAACAUUUUGGCAUGUUGAAACAUGGGUAGUUUGCCCCAUAUUUCAUAUUCAGCCAUGGCUGUUGAAAUUUAUUAAUGGACUGAAGUUAUUUUGUACCCCUUGCCAAGGUUUCCAACAAUAAUUUUAUGCUUUGCUAAUGGAUAUAUAUUUUGAAAAAUAAACAAAUGAGCAGUAAAUUGUGAGUGAUGCUGCACACUUAGAAGAAACAA